UUUCGUGAUUGAAUAAUGCCGGUUUUAUGCAUAUACAAGAGAUAUAAAUGAUUUUACGAGGUUUUAAACAUUUCCAAUUUCAGAAAAUAUUUCUACUUUCGAUUUCGUUUUUCUGAAAAUGAACACAACAAGCAUUUUAUUUUUUCCUAAUGUUUUAUAUCAUAAAACGAUACAUAAUUAAGAUAAUUUCAAUUAUUUUUUAUGAGUGUAUUUUCUUUAUUUUCGUAAAAAUGAAUUAUUUGAAUAAAAAAAAUAAUGCAAUUCAUGGAAUGAUAUGACGUGUUAUGCUUGACGUCAAAUUGCAGAAUUCUCGCUGUUCGCUUGUCGGCCAUCUUGAUUUUUUUAUUGUGAAGGUCGUAUUUCCAGCUUUCCUGCGAAACGGCAGUUCAAAUGCAGUCUCCUGUGUGUAAGAAACCUGGUGAUCAAAAUGAUUGAAGGCAGUACCCAAGAAAGUACAUUUACAAAAUUGUGAGGAGUAACCUAGCCUAUAUUACCUGAAGCUCACCCAAUAUGCAAUGUGUUAUGCUCUGUCAAUAACAAAGCUGUCUGCAGUUACCAAGACCAAGAUCAAGCUGCAUGCAGUGUUAUUUUGUCUGGUGGUCAAAGAAAAUGGAAAGUAUUCUCUGUAUGGCUGGUCUGACCUCAGUGGAGGUUGUUUGUUGAAAUGGUUUCGGGAUAUUGAAGUAAAACAAUACAGGUAUGUCCCACCAAGAGUGAAGGGCUGUCUGUUGGCUUCAGAUUCCCAGUCUUCCUCGCUGAUGAUUUCUGAAGUCCUUACACAGUCACCCCAGUCUUCAACCUCGAUGAGAUGCCAUACACAGGGGAUCCGACAGAAGACAGAAUUCGUCGAUGUAUUUGAAAUAUCAUUUUUUAUUUGAAAAAGGUUACCUAUGCACACUUGUUCUUUUUAAAUUACUGUUUAUAUUAUAUGUGCUUUGUGCCGUUGCUUUUUGUUUUAUCAGUUAUUCUCCAAAAUUUGUAUUUCGUGUCUAACAUGAACAUUGAAAUUUUAGUAAAUAAUUUCAAAAAAUGUAAUUUAAAUGGAGAAAUACUCAUUUAUCUGUUUGAUUUUAUGUUUGUGCUGUCUUGCUUACCCAAGUAGCGCGGGUCUUGUUUGCUAUUGUGAGUACUGUUGUUUGUUUAUUGGCCAUCCAAAGUAUUGUUCACAAAAGUAAAACCAUUUUUUUCAUAAAAUUGUUUAUAUUUUG